UGCUUACGUACAAGAGAUAAUUCCCCCUCUUUUUCCUCCUCUGUAUCUGAGCUGGUUCUCUCUCUCUCUUUCUCUGUCUAUAUACUUUCUCGGGUUGGAAUUUAACCCGUAUUACAUUUUACUCACAAAAAUCAGAUCCCUAAUUCACUCAAACAUGAAAAAUCCACUCAAAAUUACCCAAUUUUCAUAGCAAUUAUAGCAAAUUAUGCUCACUUCUUUCAUCAAAAUCCAAUCUUGCUGACUUCCUUAAGUGGGAAAGCUCAGGUUUUUGUGUUUUGGGAAAGCUCAGGUUUUUGUGUUUUGUUUUGUAUUGGUUGAAUUGCUAUGGAGGAUAGUACACCGAAUACGAUGAAUCUUGAUCUGAAUUUGGGACCUGUAGAAAGUCCUACUGAUGAUUCUGAGCCUGUUCCUGCGUCGUUUCCUAUUGAGGAUAUGAAUUUAGAGGAUUUGUUAGAUGGUUAUCGGUUUAGGGAAGUUGUUAGGCAAAGGAGGAGUAGAUGGAGGUCAGCUUUGAGGAGCAUUCCUGUCCCUGCUGAAGCUAGAAGUAUUGCGCUGGAAUUUAUUGGUAGGAGUGAACCACAAACAGGUGAUGUUGUUGCUGAGGAGAGACCUUCCGAGGUGGAAAAUACAUGUGGUAAUAAUAAUGUGUAUUCACAUGAUGAGAUUCUAGGGAAAAAAGAAGACGAUGAGAAGGGUAAUAGUGAGGAGGGAGGAAGCUUCUUCGAUUGCAAUAUAUGUCUGGACUUGUCUAAAGAACCUGUUGUUACUUGUUGUGGUCAUUUGUUUUGUUGGCCAUGUCUUUAUCGGUGGUUACAUCUUCAUUCGGAUGCAAAGGAAUGUCCUGUUUGUAAAGGGGAAGUGACUAUGAAGAAUGUAAUCCCAAUUUAUGGACGUGCAACUAAUGUACGGGAGCCUGAGGAGGAUUCAACUCUGAAAAUCCCUCAUAGGCCUCAAGCAAGGCGUGUUGAGAGCUGGAGGCAGACUAUUCAAAGGACAGCAUUCACCAUUCCGAUGGAAGAAAUGAUUCGCCGUCUUGGCAGUAGAUUUGAUUUGUCUCAGCUACAACAACAGAAUUCUGAAGGUUCUCAUGAAUUACCUGAGCGAAGCAGCUCUUUGCUCAACCGUAUUCUUACUUCCAGGGGACUACGCAGAGAACAGAAUCCUGUUCUUCCUUCUGAUGACGUGGUUGACUUGACACAGACCAGUCCUACUAACUCUGAGGUGUGGGAAAGCCGUCGUCUUUCCUCUCUGUUACUCCGUAGAUCAAAUUCACACCGAGCUGCUAAUUAUGCCAAUCUUGCUUCUGCCUUUGGUUCUGGUGGAAGGCUUGUUGAGCCAUUCUUUCGUAGUAACACUGUGGAGAGGAAUCAGGAGCAGCCUCUACCAGUUGACGAUAGAGAUUCUGUUUCGAGCAUUGCUGCUGUUAUACACUCCGAGAGUCAAACCAUGGAUACUGCCGCUGAAAUAGAUUCUAGAGUAUCUCUUUCGACAUCAUCUUCCCGAAGAAGAACUGAUGCUUCCAGAAUUUCAGAUGUGGAUAGUGGAGAUUCACGUGCACCUAGAAGGAGGCGGCUAAACUGAUUCGAGGUCUUAUCAUGUUCAGCCUCCCAAGCCCCCUCCCCCUCAUUACCCGUAUGGCAUUGAUAUUUCUGAGUUUUUUAGGCAUAUCGGUAGGAAAUGUACUCUUUUCCUUUAGUUUCAUAAUACCUUUCCAGUUUUCUGCUUAGUCUUCUCUCAUUAGUUCCCAUAUCCGGCUAGUCCAAGCUUUCAAGUUGCAAGUCAUAUGAAAAGAACCUGUUUUAAUAAUCACGCGAAUUUGUCUCUACCUCUGUAAAUAACCAUGCAAAUGGUAGUUUUGUUGGUGUAUUCCUGCUCUUGAGGUAUCAAUAAAUCGAAUAUUUAGUGAUA